AUGAGUAUGGACGCUGGCGGUCUUGCUCAAAUGACCUACAACUCAUCUUUCAAUAAUGGCAGUUCCCUCGGGGUCCCUGGCUCCGGCUUCGCGUCCCGAGGGAAGGGCUCUCACAUCAAGCGCCUAAGCGUGCCUCCACAGGUCGCAACCAUCGACGAGUCUCAGACCCCUUCCAUCGCAACCCCUCGCACCAGCCGAUCGCAUCUCUUGGCUGGACUCCGAACUGCGCCAAAGUCUGCGACCAUUCCUUCUCAGCAGCAGCGUUAUGCUAUGGAGGGAGGUCGGAUGCCAUCCAAUCGAGGUGCCGAUCGCGUCCCUCAAACCGCCACGGGAGCUGGAUUCCCGCAGCACGCAUUCACUUUGAAUAAUGGCAUGAAUUCCUAUCAUCACCAGCAGCAGAAGAACCGGGAACGGGAACGGGAACGGGAACGCCUGAUGUACACAAUGCCGGAGCAGGUGCUUGCACCACCAAUGAUUGAUAUUGGCGGCGGCGAGAUGAUGGACGAAAACCUCUACGCAGAGCUCAUGUCCACCAAUCUAUUCCUUGCCGCGCAGCAACAGCGCCUUCAGCAGCAGUUGAUUAGCGUUACCGCUGCUGCCCAGCAAUUUCAGGGCCUCAACCUGGGGAUGUCUCUUCAACAGCAGCAACAGCAGCAGAUGCAAUCGUUUGUGCCCGGCAUUGGAUUCUACCAGCAGCAGCUCCAGCAGGGUGUACAGCCGAUCGUGCAGCCGGUCCCCGGCCAGCCUGGCUUGUUCUCUGUUUACAAUCCUCUGACUGGCCAGCAAAGCUACAUCAUGGACAACAGCCCUUCUGAAGACAAUUUGACAUAUGGAAAUCAGUCGGACUCGCAGGUUCCUCAGUUCCGCGCAGAAAUUUCCCCACCUGCCGACUCUGCUCCAUCACAGAUGUAUUUCCCUCAGCCAGUGUCUCCUCCCAGUGGCACUCCGUCCCCGCCCAUUGAGUCAUCUGCUAGUGCUUUCCGUCGCAACCACCGGAAGUCUCCAUCUUUCAAUCCUACGCUGAAGACCAAUAUCGAUACGAACAAGGCCAAUGCUGCACCUGGACCUCGGUCAGCUGUUUUCCCUCCUACUCCGGCUACCGGAACCUUCGGGCCUGGCCAGGCCCGUGCUGGUGAGCACCCGAUCCGCCAACCUCGUGGCCCUCCUUCACUUGAGGAUCUCGUGGCAAAGCCAACCUCCAAGCAUGAGGGAAGCAAGAACUUUGCUACCCGUCAGCGUCGCCGUGCCGUCCACAACCUGGUUCGUGCUGGGAUUGAGCGCCGCGGUGAUACCCGUAGCUACGGGUACAACAGCAGCGGAGGCACCAACACUCCAGCCAGCGAAAAGGAAUUCACAUUCUCGGAUGGUGAUGACGCGACUGUGCGUAGUGGCAGUCUUUCUAGCAAGCCCAGCUUGGGCAGCCUGCGUGCGGCUGCCAAUGGUGCCAUUGGAUCUGAGCGCAAGGAGAAGACCAGUCGAAGGUCCCCUGAGAGUCCUUUCCACAGCGUUACCCCUACGAGCGAGGACGGAUACUUCUCUGCCAAGUUUGCAGAGAUUCGUGCGGAACAGGAGCAUUCACCAACGAGCACUUCGGGCACUUCGUCUCCGUCCGUGGCAGCUGUCGUCGCGGGCCAAGGGCAAGCCGCUCAGGCACCAGAGCGCCGUAAGACGCCGAUGCUUGUGUUGUCGAGCGCCGAAAAGCGCAAGACUCCUCUCAUGUAA